CAUAGGCUCCAGACACUCCUCGUACGCCUGUGCAAUAGAACUGGUGAACGCCAUGUAUCGGUGGUCUCUCUUUGCCUUGCUUUUUGUCACCUGCAUGGAAGUGUCCAUACAGAAGAAAACAAAGAAAGGCCCUCAAACUCUCUCAAGAGGAUGGGGGGAUGACAUUACUUGGGUCCAGACCUAUGAGGAAGCCCUGAUGACAAUGACAGAAAGUAAGAAGCCUCUGAUGGUCAUUCAUCACUUGGAGGAUUGUCCUCAUAGUCAAGCUCUGAAGAAGGCGUUUGCUGCUGAUAAAGCCAUACAGGAACUUGCCCAAGAGGAUUUUGUCAUGCUCAAUUUGAUUCAUGAGAAUACAGACACCAAUCUGGCACCAGAUGGCCACUACGUUCCAAGAAUUAUCUUUGUUGAUCCAUCCAUGACUGUGCGUACUGAGCUUGUUGGGAAGUACAGGAGCCACAUGUUCGCCUACGAGCCGAGCGACAUCCCGUACUUGGCCGAGAACAUGAAGAAAGCCAAAAAUCUACUGCACACUGAACUGUAACCUCACAGCCUUUUCAACACUGUACCCAUAAUCUACUGGGCUCUUCCCUGUUCCAGAGGGGUUCACUGAGUCUUGGACAGUCUUAUGUUUACACAGAAUGUAUACAAUAGAUAAAUCAAUAAAGAUGAAUGACAGUGUGCACUGAA